AUGACCACGAAGAAGAAAAAACAAGCUUCUAGUCAACAGAGCCAGAAAUCUGGCUCUGGAAGCACAGCACAACCCAAAACUCACGGGCGUUUCAAAAUGAAACCAAAACAAAGAGACCAGAACGCUAAAUAUUCUUCACCGUCGAUUGUUCCAUUUACGAAAUAUGGCAUCGGCUACGCUUCUUUAGUAUUGAUUAUCGGUAUGUAUUUCGUGCUCUUAAGUUUUUGCUAUUUCCUAGGAUCAGCUUUUCUUACACGUGAGUUCAGUGAGGCUUGAGAAUUUCUAAAGUAUCUUCAGUUUUGUGACAUGUAUUCCCAGAUAACCCUGACUUGAAAAUUUCUGAUUCUUUUCUGUAGCUGUGAGUUUUGGAAUAUUUCAAAGGUAAAGUUGUCUUUUUAAAAUGAUUGCAUUUAUAAUAAUCAAUAUCGUCUGGUAGACUAGAAUUGAAAUUUUAAUAUUAAGGAUACCCUGAACAAUAAAAUUGCAAUUAGAACCUUUAACAAUGACUGUAAACAUUUGCGCUCAUCUGGUGGUUUAUUUUUGUUCUUUCAGCUACCACGUGUCUAGAAUGUUUGAAAACGAGCGAUUUUUCUCGCAUUUGUCAGCGUUGGAAAGAGAAUUGUCGUUUAGGACAGAGAUGGUAAGCUCUUUAUCUCUCUAUUGAAGACACCUGCGGGGUUUUCAUGUAGAAGAGAAAGGAACGAAUAAUUGUUAAGUAAUGACGGCCCCACGUUCGAAUAUGAUAUAGUUAAGACUAUCAAGAGCUCAUUGUAAUUUAACUGGUGAAUUCUUCAAGUAAAUAUCUUGUACCUGAAGCAAUGUGUUAAGAUGUAUUGGCAAAUCCAGGGAGUCGCUAAGGGUCUCGAGGUUCUCCCGCUCCCCAUUGGUUAUGAGGAUUUUUACUAUUGUUUGACACCAAAAUUCUUGCAAAAUUACUACUGUAAAGUGUUAAAAUUUCACUUCUUUUGAAAUAUUUUUUAAGGUAAUUUAGGCUAUAGUGAAAAAAAGAACCAUCUUUUCUGAUUUAAAGUUUGGAACACUCCCCACCCUCCCAAUCAAACACAUGGCAAGUUUUGCUAAUUUAUUGGUCAAUAAACACUUUAACACUGGGAGAAGAUGGAGAUUGCAUGAGACUGCCUCAAAGCCAACACCGCGACUGCUAUAUAUAAAUUAACUCAUAAAGCAGUCUUUUACUGAACUCCAAUAAGCAAAUUAUUUUUUGAAAUUUGCAAUUAAAGGCGUAUGAUAUAUUAAGACACUGUUAAGAUUCAUGUAGAGUUUUUCCAUCCUCCAAACCUGUAGAAAAAGAAUAAGCUUACCAAACUAUUAGUUGCUCAGGACCUUUGGAAGAAGCAAAUUAUUUCUCUUAAGUUAUUUUAUUAUAUUGAGUGUAAUCUACCAGUAAAUAUUUUGACAGCUUUUUUAUGAUUUCAUGAUUAUUUGAAAGUAUAACAACAAUGUAUAAUUAAAUGAUAUGUUUUAUCCAAACAGGGCUUGUACUAUUCAUAUUACAAAACUAUUGUGGAAGCUCCAACAUUCCUUGAUGGAGUUUAUUCUGUUAUGAAUUGCAAUGUAACAGAAUAUCCAGACACCAUCAACACUCUGAAAAGGUUUAAUUUAUAUCCAGAGGUAAGUAAAAAGGAAUUUGGUUAAUGACUAAAUGGAUUAGCAGGACUCUUGCUAAAGAGUGAACUCCUUCAACAAUGCAACACUCUAAAGAAAAACUGAUGGUACAUGUAUACCUGCUAACUCUGCUAAUUUGGGUUUACCUUGUUUCUCACAACUUGGAAAAAAAACUCAAGUUUACUUAGCCUUAACUGAUGCAUUAUUGAAAUAAUAAAAUACAGGGUAAGAUUAACUUGGAUCAAACUGAGAGAAGGAAAGAAAAUAUGAAAAUGUGGCCUGCUUUCAACCUAUGGCUUUCUGUAGCUUACCCCUUUAACUCCCAUGAGUGACCAAGACAGAAUUUCUCCUUACAAUAUCAAUGCAAUGUCAAGAACACAAGUGAUGAGAAUAAAGAAAAAUAUCAAGUAGGGGAUUAUAUGUUGAUCCAAUACCAAAUUCUCCAGACUAACAUCACAAUGGCAGAUUGUAAGGAGAAUUACUGACAAGAUCUUGGGGGUUAAAGGGUUAAUGAAUAAAGGAGAUAAGUUUGUAAAGAAACAAUGGUGCUGUGUCAGUGGGAGAAUAUAACAGGGUAAUUAAUUAUUACCAACUGGUAUGAUAACAUAAAUUGGCCACUUUAAAAAGUUUUAUACUAUUUACAGUGGCCAAUUUAUGUUGUAAACUCAGUUGAUAAUACAUAUAAAACAAUUAACCUUUCCAUAGCUUAGUUACUAGUAUUGCCCAACUGUUACCUCCGAAGCACUGGUUUGAAUCUUGUCGAAGCCUGAAUGUUUUUCUGGCUUCUUUUCUGCAAUUGUUUAAAUUACAGCUCACCUGCAGGGAUCAUUGCUUUAUUUAACCCUUUAACUCUCAGAUCAAAUUUGUAAUUCUCCUCACUGUCAACCACACAAUACAAUUCCUAUAAUGUUUGUUUAGAGAAUUUAGUUUUGGAUCAACUAAUUAUCCCCAAAUUGAUCUUUUUCUUUAUUCUUAUCACUUAUCUGGUUGAUAUUGUAUAGAUAUUUUAAGGAGAAAUUCUGUCUCAGUCACUCAUGGGAGUUAAAGGUUAAGUAGGUAUUACAUGUCUCAACUCUUUUGUUGCUCAUUGUUGGUCAAGAAAAGCCUUUGUAUGUAAAAAUAGUUCCUUUUUGCCUACAGGUUGUGUUAGGAUUUGCUUUCCGCAUGUAUGACUGGUUAACCGCAAGUUUUAAUAUCCACACCAAGACAUGCUAUACUGUUAACAGAGGUUACAACCAACCACCUGUACAAAGCUGCGAGGGUAAGAAAUACAAACAAUAUGCUUAUUGAUUUCCCUAAAUGUAAUGUUUUGCUAGUAUUAGUUUUCAGACAAACUCUGCCGAUCAAUUCAAAACUUGCCUUGCUUUACCCUUUGACCCCUAAGAGCGACUUGAUUAAGCAUCUUAUUUCUCCCAACUGUAUCAUUCCUGAAACAAACAUUUAGGUCACAAGAAUAAAGGAAAUGAUCACCAACUGAAGAAGUUUUUGAUUGUUAUACAAAUUCUCCUUGUGAGCACUAAAGGAAAUGUAUCAGGAACAUUAUGGAGACUAUACAUACUGAUAUUAGGGUAUAAAGGGUUAACAGUUUUUCUCCCCUUUUUAUGUGAUUUGUCUGCUUCCAAAGGACUGUAUUGAUAAUAUUCUGUUCAUUGUUGCAUCUGUACAAAGUGGAAUUUCUCAUGGUUUGUAUUUGAUAGCAUAAUUCUGUCUUUUUUCUUUUUAGGUAUGGGGGAGCUGUCAUUUUUCUAUGUCUAUGCCAUCUUCUAUUUAAGUGGACUCAUGAUAUCCAUGUUUUUCUUGCUCUGCUUUUAUCUCAGGUAAAUUUUUUUUUUGUGUGGUCAUGACUAGAUAUGAUUCUCACCAAUGGUCUUAGGUUGUUUUUUGGGGUGUAAUAGAUAUUUGAUCUGCUAAAGAUCAGAUACACAUGCAUUAUUGAUUACGCUUGUUUGGUCAAGAUGGCUGGAUAUUGACCAAUUUCUUUUUUUGUGUGUUUUCAUGGAUGGAAACGAAGUCAAGGCUUAUGCAAAAAAGGAACAAGACAAAUAUCCAGCUAUUUUGACUAACAAACUUGGUCAAUAAAAGAUUCAUUACUUAGCAAAAAAAUUUCACUUUGAUAAGAAUAAAGAAUGACUUUUUUUUUUUUUUUGAGAGCUGGGAAAGAAAGCCGGCCAUGUUCCCAACACAAUAAACCCACAAGAGUCAUUUAAUAUGUUUUCUUGGUUUGUUUUUUUUUUUCUACCACUUUUUAUGAACUUUUUAAUUCCACUCCAUGAAACUCUCAUGGGAUCGAAGCAGGUAUUUCUGAGAGAGCAAGAUGUGCCCAUCUUGCCUGCUUACUAGGUAACCAAUCAAAACACAAGAUUUGCACCAUAUUGCCCACAGGUGCUGUCAGCUAUGUAAAAGAUGAUAUGACUGUUCCAGAACUGUUAGCCUUUUAGUACUUGUUUCUAAGGUCUACAUAUAAUAAUAAAAUUGAACUGAAAACAUGGAACUUAAAUGCAGAUAUUUAAGAUUAAUUAGAGAGCCAGUGACUAACUGCACCUUUAUUUAGAGAACACUGCAGGUCUGUUACAAGUCCUCUAUAUUUUUCUGUUGUAUCCGUUCAUUCAUAUUACCUACUGCUUAUUCACCCUGGCAACAUUCAAGCUUGGAGUUUUUAUGUUUGAGUUCAGUAGAGUCAGCUUUGUUGCAGGGUUACAAUGAAUACAAAUUGCCUGGCCAAAAUGUUUUGGAUUUGCUUUCAAUUACUUUGCUCUGAAAUUGUUUCAAAUAACUCAUGCUGGCCGCUCAAGUAAAAAAACAGAUCACAACUUAGUCACUUAAAUUUACUUGCACAAGGUCUCUUAUUUUUUAUCUUCUGUUUUUAAUUACUUUCACCAUUAAGGUGCAGGACACACAACAGAGUGAGACUCCAAAUUAAGUGAGCCCUUAACCCUUUAACUCCCAAGAUCUCAUUUGUAAUUCUCCUUACUGUCUACUAUACAAUUCUAGUGAUGUUAGUUUAAAGAAUUUAGUAUUGGAUCAACUAAUAAUCCCCUAUUUGAUAUUCUUCUCCUUUCUCAUCACUUGUCUGCUUGAUAUUGUAUCAAUAUUGUAAGGAGAAAUUCUGUCUUGGUCACUCAUGGGACUUAAAGGGUUAAGGGAGGCACUGUGAGAGUAAAGUGUCUUGCCCAAGAACACAACGCAUUGUCCUGGUCAGGCCUCAAACACAGACCUCUUGACAUGGAGUCCAGUGCACUGACAAUUAGGCCACUGCACUUUCCACUUGUUGUAUUCAUGCUGGGUUCUGAGUGAUCCCCCUGAUAUUUUUUUUUUGGUCUCGGUUUGUUAGUCUUUAACUUUCUGUAUAAUAACACUCAAUGGAAAUAUACAUUAUUUUAUUAACUGUCAGAUUUUAAACUUUUGUUUUCUAGUGGUAGUAUUCUUGGUGGACUAAUAGGCACAUUGUCAUACUUGUAUAAUCAUGGCGAGGUAAGUAUGGGAAGGGGACAAUUUUCACACAGAACUUUAAUUGCCAACCAAUCUCAAUUUUUUUUUUUUUACCCCCAUAAUGCUCCAUAUUUAAAGAUAUAACACUCAUAUUCUGUUGGAAAGACUUGCCACUGCCAGUUCAAAUUCAUGGAUGGAUUUGAAUGGGGAUGAAUUUGCAUAGAUGACAAUGAAAUGCUUGUGGGUUGCCCAGCGGGGGGGGGGUCUAAUAUACAAGGAACAGCAUGGCAAUCAGUGGGGAAAAUUACUAAUUGGAUGUUGGGAAGUUAAAGGGUUAAAACUGAGCUCAAACUUUACUAAUUACUUAAGCUAUAUGAAGGUACCUGUUAGAAAUCCUUUGAUGUGAAAUAAUGUGAAUAGGGAUCUACUCAGGAUGAUUAUGGUGCAAAAUAAAGCUAUGCAAAUGCAAUAAGUGUUUGUGGAUGAUCAGAAUUGUUUAAUCUAAGAAAGAGAUGUGUCACUGAUUAAGCUAACUUUUUUUUUUUAGUGCACCAGAGUUAUGUGGACACCACCCCUACGAGAAAGCUUUUCAUAUCCUUUUCUUGUCUUCCAACUUCUGGCUGUUACCUUAACAAUUAAGUAAGUCACCAGUUGUAGAUCUUUUUAUUGUAGACUAAUGAUAAAACACUUGUGGUCCCAUAUGCCACAAGGAGAGGAAGGAACAGUUUACUGGAGUAAUGAUGAUGAUAAAACGACUGAACAACAAAGUGCUACUAGACCUCUCUCAAGUCUGUGAAAAUGAAGCCCUGCUGCAGGGCAAAUGGAAUGAAAUUUAUUCUUUUGAAUUUAUUUAGUAAGACACUUCUUAAUUGUGUUUGCCACCAGUUUGAGUUUGACUUAGUUUAUGUGAGUAAACCCAGAAAUUAUGCAGAUAAUAAGCCCCCUAUACAUGUCAGUAAUAAAAUAUUAUCACAGAAUUUACAUGUCUUUCUUUUUUUAUUUUUUGUUAGGUCACCUAAGGCUGACUGGAGACACCUAUCAUUAGUUGCCAUAACAACAAGCUUAUUCAUGAUUCCAUGGCAGGUAAGGCUAAUCAUUGGGGGUAUGAUCAAUGCUUUCACUCUGAUGAUCUAAAGAUCAGUUCUCAAUAAAUUCCCUGUAAUUCUGGAACUGAUAAUUUGACAUGAAAUCAAAUGAUAUCCCCUAAAUUAUAUUUUUCUCUUUAUGGCCAGUAACAUAAUAAUUUUGUAAGGAUAAAUUAUUUGUGGUCACCAGUGUGAGUGAAAGGUUUGAUGUUUGAUAUAUUUUUAUGAAAUAACUGAUACCCUCAUACAUGUACUCUAGUUAAUGAAAAAUGGGUUUUUAAUGUGAACUUAUUAGUUACCAAUAACACCUGUUGGUAGAUGACAAAUUUUUAGAGGUUUUGCUUCCUUAAAAUUUGAAAAAGAAUUAAACUGUUUUCUUUUGAUCAAAGCAGGACAUGCAUAUCGUUUUAUUUUAUACCUUUUCAUGAAUUGAUUUAAAAUAAUUUUUUCCUCUGUUCUCUUAAACUUAUUUACUAUCUGUUUUGAUUAUUUGAUUAUUGAUAAAGAAAGUUCUCUCUCCUUUUUUUCCAGUUUGCUCAGUUUGCACUGCUAACACAGGUGGGUAAUUGCAGUAGUACACAUAGUAGUGAAAGAUUCUUGUACAUACUUGUGGUAAAAGGUGGUUGAGUCCUAGGUCUUCAUGAUUUUUUGGCUGUCCUUAGGGGUGGAAAACCUUGUGGAGAUGCCCAUAAAAUGUGCACCUUAUUAUGAUCCAAGGCUUACUAGAAAUUUUAUAGCUUUAGCUUCUCACUGGGUUCGACAAACUCAAAGAACUGAUUAUGAAUGACAUUUAAGUGAAGUUUUUUUAUCCAUUUUUUAAUUUUUUGUUUAAAUUGAGCUAGAAGAACAUUGCAGAAAGGAACAAACUUUUUUAGAUUGUACAUACAAUUACUUAUUCAAUAUUAUGACAAGUGUAUUUAAAGGAGAAAACUGUAUUUUGUUGUAGACAUGUGCCUUGUUUGGAUUGUACUUUCUUAAGUUUAUCACUUCCCAUAAACUGUGCAUUGUGUUAUAUGGAUUGCUGGUAUGUAAUUUCUUCAUUUUUGGUACAUCCAUUAGUUUAUCAAUUACUGUGUGUCAGUUUGGUAGUUCGUAGUCUAUCCGUUCUCAAUGAACAACAACAACAAAAAAAAGAUUUAAAUUAGUGUCAAGUUUAGGGACGAAAUUAAUUCAAAACUGUUCCUUAUCUAUUAUAUGCAGGUGGGACAUUUAUUAAAUUUUGUGAUUCAGUUUGGAAACUCCAUGCUUCUGAGGUAUGCAGUUUGGUUUUCGUGUCAGAGGAGUGAUAAACGUAAAACUUCUUCCUACAAUUUUAGUACGUUGUCGCAUAGACAGGUGAUGAGAAAAACGAGAAUUAUCAACAGUAGGGUGCUUUCUUGAUAAAACUACAUAUUCUCACCACUACAGUACAUAGAAAUGUAAACACUAAAGAGGAGAGACUUCCUAAACGUUAGUUUUCAAUUUUAAAGUAGAGUUUCAUCAGGUGACUCAGCUUGGUAGGAUCUUAGUAAAUGUAGACGAGCGAAAAGAAGGGUGCGCGAAAGAUGGCAAACAAGUGGACGCGGAGGUUGUGGCCAUCAACGAGACAGUUGCGUUGCAAUGUUUCUUUACUUCCGCUUGCUUUAUGAGCGACAGUUUUUGCGCGCCCCAAAUGUUCGCUCGUCUCCUCUGGUUGAGAGUCUGACACCGCCUAGAAACGAAUGCCUUUUUAUGGAAUUUCAAUUGUGUUUAAGUGGUCGUUGUAUCAUUUGUUUUUCUUUGAAACUGAUCGAAGCUCUAUUUUUAAACCAUCAGCUCAUUCUUCUUGUCGGCUCUCAUCACAACUUUGGUGAGUAUGUUCAGAACUCAAAAGUGCACUCAACUCAGUGAUUAAAGUGAACCUUCUCUCUUUAUACAAUAAAUGACCGUAAGCUGUUUUUGCCCGGUGUAAUGCCGCCCACAAAUAAGCGCUGCAGGUGGAAGAGAAGCUACAUGUCCUUAUAAAAGCUGCCCAAGAAUGUACGGCGCUUCCAAUCAGAAACAUGUAGCGUUUAUUCGAGGAUAACGAUAAAAGCAAGACAAGUACGGUACUUAUCGGUAAUUUGCAUCAUCUAAAUUUUGCCUAUCACAAGGAAGACAAAUUCCAUUCUAUCCCGGCGAAAAAGCGAGACUUUGGAACCUUAGACGUGCUUCUGUUGUAGAUAAUAGUUAGAAAUGAUCUCUAAUAUUCGGUGUUCAAGAAAUUUGAUUCUGAAGUACACGCCCUCGAUUUGAAUAAAACCUGUUCGUGGAUAAACGCUGCAUCCGAAACGCUUAAUUGUCAUAAACGCUAUCAAUCGCUGUUAAAUCGAGUAAAGACGAUAAUGAUUAUGGGAGAUAAGGUGUCACCCGCUCUCAGACUGAGUAUAAGUAGAUACCGUCGAACUUUCAUGGAAACUUCACAUUUUUCUGAGGGAGGGGUGGAGGGGGGGGGAGAGGAGCGACUUGCGAUGGAGUAUCAUGUCUUGUGGAUGUAGAAUUUACUCCUUUGUGCUUUAGUAGGCUGUUAUAGACUCGCAAUAUGUACCCUACAAAGUGUGUUCUUCGUUUUUAUUUAUUGAUGGACAGUUACACAGUAAUUUUUGUUUCAUUUUGUUCUGUUUAAUUUUUAUUACAACACAGAUCAUUGCCAAUCUUGAGCCGUUUAUUUACCAACUGCCCCAUCAGCUUGUUAUAUGGGUAGGUGAAAAAAAAAAAGUGUGAUCUGUGAUUGAACUUCUAAGGAACUGUUCUUGAGCGUUAAGGCGAGUUUCAAGCCCUUAUUUAUGAAGUAGACAUGAGGUACACUUGAUACUACCUUCGUAUAGCAUGCCUAGCAGAUGCUAAGGAAAAAACGAGUUACAGCGACUGUACUAAACACGAACAGCGACAGCAAAAAAAAAAUUACACCACAUUAUUCGGCACUCUUAGCUUCUGUAGUUUCUUUACUCUUUUAUCUGUAGGUUUUUACAUGAACAUCACCAUAAUACAGCAGUUUACCAUAAACUUAUUAAAUGAAAAGAGAAACGUGUCUUACAGACAAUCUUAAAAGCAGUUGGAGUUUAUCAUUUUUUGUUGUUGUUGAGAACUGAUUAAUGAUAUGUCACAGGCUGCCCAGGCUGUCAUCUUCCUUACUGGAUCUGUAGGAAUCAAGAUCGCCAUAGCAAAGAUCCUGGGAAUUGCAGAUGAUGUAAGAUAUUUUAGUCUCUUUAAUUUGCGUAUUCCAAAUAAAAUAGCACUGCUCUCUUCAAAUUUCUUAGAUUUAUUAAUAAGUUAAGAAAAAAAAAAUACCUCUCUGUUAGUGAGCACAGCAGCACUCACGCGGGUAAAUAAUUAAGAUGUGAUCCAUCUUUUGAAAUAUCAGAGAUGCGGUGAUACACUCUCUGUUAACAGCGAUUUCUCUUUGGUGAACGACUUUUCGUACUACUGCGGGAGGAUUCCUAAAAUAGAGAACUUUACCCUUUAAACCUUAAGAGUGACUGACUUCUCAGUAAUUUUCUCCUCACAGUAUCACCCUUGAAUCAAAUGUUAAGGUAAUGAGACUAACGGAAUUGAUCGCAAAGUUAAAAAGCGCUCGAUUAUCAAACAAAUUCUCCUUGUCAGCACCCUUGGGAAAUAUGUAGAGAACAUUAAGGAAAUAUGCAUACUGAUGUUGGAGCGUGAAGGGAUAAUACUUAGAUUUCUGUAGUUUCUACCUGUACUUUAUCAUUGUUUUAUUGUUUGUUCGUUUACCUUCAUUCUCAGGCACAUAUCACAAGUAUUUUACGGUCCAAGUUCUCCAGCUUCAGGAAUUUUGACACGGCUUUGUACACGUGUGCACCAGAAUUCGACUUUUUAGAUCCAGAGGUUGGUGAUCUCUUGUUCUUUGUGAGGUGAAGAAUUUUUCAUCUGUGAAAAAUCAGCCAAUUUUCUCAGAUUAGAGAGAAGCUCCUUACAGCAGAUUCAUUAUUUUUGACAUGUGUACUCUUCAUUCACCUUGAUUGUAUUCUUUAACUUCAACAUAACAUAUAUGUAAUCCAGAGUGGACAUAUGAUAGCCGAGACCGUUUGAAUUAGUCUCCGCAACUAUUCAUUUACACCACAAGUCACUCUGCUUUUGCUUUAUUCGCAUUUUGAUUUCGUGUCGUAGAAAAUAUUGCAAUAAGAAUAGAGGAAAACCAAUGUUUAGUCGACCGUCUUAAACCAGACUUUGUUACUUUGAGCUGGGAUUCUCAUUCCUGCUUAUUCCUUCCGAAAAUAGUGAGAAGCGACAAUUCCACUAUCUUUCAAGUGUUCUACUUCAAUAACUUUAUUUGACAUGCGUUUUGGUAUUCUAUGCCAUAAAUUGUUACUAAGAAAUGUUUUAAGAGUUUAAAAAGCGUUGUUAAUGUCGUGGACAAUGGGUAAUCCGUUCAAUGUCACCGAAAAGGAAGACUUCGCGGAUAUCUCAUCGUUUGAGUUUGCCUUUGUAUGUUCCACGGCACGGUAUGGGCGACACGCUCUUGUUGGUUUUUUUCGCACUUUGUGUCAAACACAUUAGCCUAAACACAUUCUCUCAUCAGAAACUCGAUCUUCCAGACGGGUACCAUAGCUUUUUAGGGAGGGCUUUAUCCAAAUCAUCUGUUUCAUUGUUUUUCCAAAUAGAAUCCGACAAAGCUGACCAAGACGUUGCUGUUACCAGCUGCAAUUGUAUCUUUUACAGCUGUUUUACUGAAGGUAAAAAGUCAAAAAAGUUGCACAAUAUUUUAGCAACAAUUUGUAAGAUUAAGUGGUACUGACCACACAAGUUUUCCUUGGGAAGGUUGUUUUUUAAGGGAAACUUGUACGCUGCAUAGAAAUCUUCUCAUUGAUUUAUUAAUUUGCCGAAGCAGAGUUUCCUUGAAAUCCUUCAUAAUCUACUUGACCAGUGUCUUCAAUUCAUUUAAACCAAAAAAGGUUGUCCUUGAGAAAUUCUUCUAUUAAAAAGAGUCUUUCUUUAAAAUCUUACUUGUGAGUGAAAUCCAAUUUUGUGGACAAAUGAUCUUACGAUGCAGCUUUGCUUACGAAGCGUUAUAAAAGCUCAUGAUUUAAAAUGAUGUUUGUAAGGUUUCAUGUCACUAUAUCUAAGUGUUUUUUUUAUCAAUAGGGUCAUUUGUAUAGAGCUGUUUCCAGAAAGGUUGUUGUCAGAAAAAAGGAAAAAAGUGUACAUGACAAUCUCGAAAGCUAAUCAGGGUAUCCGGUAAUCAAUGAUUUUUAAUAAGUCAAAGAAAUAGAUAAAUUCAUCAUCCUUACAAUUACGUUUUCUUCAGAUUUCUCUAAAAUUCUGAGGUCAAGUAGUCGUAACCUAAAAGCUACCCACAAUACCCUUAGGGGUUAUCGCGUGCGCUUUUACACUUUUUUUCCGAAAACCUUUCUUGAAGCAGCUGUAAUUAAUCACAUUCCAAUAACGAUAGAAGUCCAUUAAACUCCGUUUUAGAUUCUGAAGAAUGAGUGGAAUACCUUGAUGGCUACAAAAGACAAGAAAGAAAAUCCUAAAAUGUCAGACCCUGAAUCGGAUGAGGAGGAAACAGACGACUUUAAGUAAGACCUCCUGAAAAGUUUUCUUCGAGACAGAUACCACUAAUGUUAGACCCCAUUCACACCAACACAACAUGUGUAGUUAAACCUGGUUUAACUGAAUUAAAAUCAUAAACAGAGAACUGAAAAACAGAAUUUUUCACGACAAGAUAAUUUGUUUUUAUUAACGGAGUUGAUAAUAAAAAUUGGCCUCCCUAAAGAGUUGCUAAAGCAGACGUUUCGAGCGUUAGCCCUUCGUUAGAGCGAAUGACGAAGGGCUAACGCUCGAAACGUCAAGUUAGAAACUCUGUAGGGAGGCCAAUUUUACAUCAUCAACACCGUUGAUAAAACUGAUCCAAAUUAUCUUGUUAUACUCUCCCACCGAUGCAGCACCAUAGUUUCUUUAGAAACUUGCCUUCUCUAAGAAUUGUUCAUCGGUUUCAAGUUGUCACUAAUUCGAAUUUUCAAUGUACUAAAUUUGAAGUUGACAAACAUCAGUUUAAGCAGCUCCUAUGGAGAAAUGAUUUUGAAACUUGUUUAACAAAACUUUAAAACAUAUUUAAGCGUUGUUUCGGGUAUUAGUUUUGCGGUCAGCUAUAUAAUAACAUACGUUAAAGGAGAGUUUAUUAACUGAAGUUUCAUUUUUUUGUAGGAAGGGAGUGAAUCUUAAACCUCACGCGGAGGUAAGGAUAGAAACUGGUGCGCCUCGCUGUGUUAUUUCUAAACAUAUCAUUUCCAAGAUGUCCUUACCGUCUUCCAUACAUUUUUUUCAAUUUUAACUCUAAGAAUUUACUGCUGAAUCAACUAAUAAUCCCUUUGUUAAUAUUUCUCUUUAUUCUCGUCACUUGUCUGCUCGGUAUCUGAUCGACCCCAGGGGUUUUCAUUUGCGCCCCCCCACUGCCCCCUCUCUUAUUGCCAAUAGAAAAUCCUAACUAAGUAUCCUCCCUCCUUUUCUCUUAGCAUCUCUAUCACGUGCUGCAGUCGCUGGCAUUCGUUGCCAUGGCGAUCAUCAUUAUGCGGCUGAAGUUGUUUGGUACCCCAGCUCUGUGUGUCAUGGCGUCCCUUCUGGCCUCUAGACAGGUAAUUCAAAUUUAUAUCCACUGGUAUUUUUCUUAUUUAAUCAUUUUAAACAAGGGAACGUUACAAGAACGAUGAAAAUGUAUUUCCUCCUGACCUUGUUAAGGAUGAUAGUUCAAUAACGCGUGUUCCAUACUCUUUCCAUCGUAUUUGCGUGAAAUGUGGGUUUAAUGUCAGCUUUUUGCAAGAAGAUUAAGACAUUUAAUUGCAAAAUAAAUCAACGAAGAUCAUCAUGGUUUUCCCUCUGUUUUGACUGUCUUCAACACUUGUUUUGCGAUGCCAUUGGUUUAAAAACUGUCAAAGUAUAUCUUUUGUAACCGAGGGGUUGUCCCAAAGGUUACGACGAAGGUAUUUAAACUGGCGAUAAUAACUAACACAGGGAAUUUUUAUUUCUCUGAGAGAGAAUGAAGGCAAUAUCAGCCCAUAUUGCGCACUUUUGUUGCCAAUCGGAAUCCACGACUCGCUUCAUUUUGCCUUAUAGCGCAGCCAGCCGUUUGAUAAACACCUUUACUAUGCGUGAUUUUGAAUAAGAGAGGAGCGCGCGUUAAAAUAAGUCAAAGCAAUUUAUGUUCUGUCGAAAAGAUGUACAGCGUCGAGUUUGUCUUCCUUUUUUUCAGUUGUUUGGUUUUAUUUGCGACAAGCGAAAGCACCAAGCAGCCGUGGUGGUCCUGAUUGCUGCCAUGUCUGUUCAAGGAAUCAUGAACCUACAAACUCAGUUUGUGAGUAUUUAUUAUUAUCACUAUUUCAUGUAUGUGAUAAACCUAUGAAAGUAUUUUCGUAAACUUCUGCAAUAAGCGUUUGGAUGCGAUGUCGUUUCUGUGCGUUUCUUUCUCCAAACUGUUCCCUAUGUACUUCUUAAGGUGCUAACAAGAAGAAUUUGUGUAAAAAAUCAAUGGCUUCUUUAGAUGGCGAUCAUUUGCUUCAUUCUCUUGACCUUAAUGUUUGAUUCAGUGUUGAUACUGUGAGGAGAAGUUAGAUGUUAAUCACCCUCAGGCGUAAAAGGGUUAACAGACUCUACCACUUAAUCAGUGAUAGAUAGAAAGAUAAAUGGAUAGGUUAUUGAAUUAUUCAAAUUUACAAAAGGUUAAAGUUAUAUACUCAUUUAUAAAAUGAUAAGUUAAUGUGAUUUAAAAUUUAACAUGAUGAUUAAAAAAAACUACGCGCAAAAGUUCUACCGAUUGAACAUGAAUGAAUGUGUUCGUGUAACGAUUAGUGCGCAUGUUUGGCUGGUUUCUAAAUUGUAUCUGCUAAUGUUAUUGGCUGGUGGCAGAUGAUCAGUAGACUUUAUGCCUAUUAUUAAAUACGAAUGAGAUAACACUGUUCCUCGCGCCUGUCUUUCAAAGAUCUGAUGUUAUGCAAUGCUAGAUCACGCCAAAGAAGUUCAGCAUUUCUUUUGAUAUCGUUGCAGUUGGAAGAAGUCGGUAAAAAAUUGUUGAUGUUUCCUUAUUUUAACUCAGGCGACACAGGGAGAGUACAACAACCCAGAACAAGAGGCACUGGUAAGUAAAGACCUCUACUCACUCAGUUACUAGGAAAUGAUUCCAUCAUCAACUAUAAGAAUUGAGUGCGUAGACAUUAAGAAAGACUAACAAAACCGUAUAAAAAUAACUGAUCUCGACUCCUUUUAAUAGUACUCUGACAUUUUUUUUCUCUGAGUAUGCCUUUGUUAUUCAACGAAUAACAUCAUCUUUCACUUAACUAACUACGUUUCACAUUUACCAUUUUCAUCAACGACAUCAUCGCGCAAAAGCAUGACAUUCGACAUUUCUAUCCUAGCAGUAAGGAGGAAGUUUGUCAGCAUGGACAUAUUUAAACGACUUAGCCUGCCACAAGCCUUGUGACGUUCUACCACCGCGCUAUAGGAGACGGUCUCCUAUAGCGCAGUGGUAGAACGUCUGAAGUACCACUUGGAAGGUCGUAGGUUCGACUCCCGUCAAGAGCCCUCGGAAUUUUUUUUUCUCCGAGUAUGCCUGAGUCAUUCAGUGAAUUACAUCUAAAACCAAAUCGUUGCAUUUGAACGCCAAUUUUGUUUUAGCAUUAAAAGAUGAAAAACCAAACAAAUCAACGUGCUUAAAGAGGAGAAGCAGUAGCUGUAAUCUGCACUUAAAAUUUUUCUACAUAAUCGAUUGCGCUGUUUUUGAUGCUGGUGAGUUUGUACAUCUUGAAUUAUAUCAUUACAGGUUGAGUGGAUCAACACCGAGACACCCAAAAGUAAGUAACAAAUACAUGUAAAAUGAGUCUGAUUAACUGUGUGAUUUCUGUUUUGUGUUUGUUUGUUUAGCCAGGGACUGGGGCGGGAGAGCGGGAAUACAUUUCGGUAGAACGUCUGUAUCAGUUUUUGUGAAUGAUACAGUACUUCAAUACCUGUUGGUACGACCUUUCUUCCUUAGGGAGUGCAAUACAAAGGCCAUUUUUCGAUGCCCCUUUUUGACAGAAUUAUAGAUUUAGCUCUACGUGUUUCUUCUGGGAAGUUGACAUGAAGAUAGCGCUACUCUUAACGUAGACAGCUUCACGGAGUGUAGGAACUGCAUUUACUUAUUAACAAUCACCUUAUACAAAAUCUCUGAACUGUUCGCUCGUAAGUGGACAGAUAUUUGCCACCCUUCUGUUCUUCCCGUUCUUGAACGAAAAGGGUUGAACUUACCCUGCUCUUUGGAUAAAACGAGUUUUUUUUUGUUCGUGUAUGAAGUAGUCAUGCAGUGUCGCGGAAUUCUUGAGCGCCGAAUAUUGCAGACGAAAUUUUACAAUAACUCCAAUCUUUAAAGUUUUCAAGAGACGAUGCAGAGCAACUCGAACGCGAGCACUCGUCAUCCAUUUACACCGGCAAGAACCUAUUCUUUCAGUGUGGCCGGACCCAAAUUCAUGGAAAUUUCCCUAUGUGACCAUGCUAUUUGUUUCUUCACGUAGCUGCUGUUUUUGCUGGUGCCAUGCCAACCAUGGCAACCGUCAAAUUGUGCACCGGACGAGCCAUUGUUAACCAUCCUCACUAUGAAGACGUUGGCAUUAGGUAACCUACUCUAACCUUAAAUAACGAUUUCAAUCUCCCAAGUGGCCUAAGUCUCUAUGUUGAACUUUGGCGAGUUUACGUGUCCAUAUGAUUCAUAUGUAGAGUAUCGGAGCGCGGAAUCCGAGGGUCUGGGGUCCAGUUCCCCCUAGGGGACAGAUACUUUUCCUUCGUCCCAGGCUCGUGUCAAGACCAAUGACAUCUUCCCCUAUAUCAUGACCAAGCUCGAAAUCGAACUUCUUUCUUGUUCAAAGCGUAAACCAGUUUUUACCCUGUAACUCCCAAAAAAAUCAUUUCUCCUUACAUUAUCGAUACAAUAUCAAGCAGACAAGUUAUGAGAAUAUAGAAAACUAUCAGUUAGGGGAUUACUGGUUGAUCUAAUUAAUACCAAACUCUUUGAACUAACUUCUUAAAAAUUUUUUGGCAAACACUAAGUACUUAUGAGAUCUUGGGACUGAUGGGGUUUACAAAGUGUUGUAUUCUACAGCAAGGCACUUUAUUUUCACAGUUCCUUUACCCUACUAGGAUUCUCGAUAGGAUCCGGUAAACUUUUGGGUAAACCAGAUGAACUACCAUGGAUUGCCUGCAAUCGAGUGGCAUCCCAUUCAGGGUGGGGGGGAGGGGGGGGGUUAGGGUUAGGAUUAAAGUGAGAGCAAAAAGAUAUAUUUUGUAAAUUCCACAAAUGUGGCCUCCAAAUCUUUCAAAUUUAACUCACAAUCUUCUUCCGUUCAUUUCUUGUAGAGAGAGAACUCACAAAGUGUAUCAGAUUUUCAGCCGGAAGCCGCCAACUGUAGUUUGGCAAACUCUGAAUUCCAUGAAAGUUACCCAUGUGGUUGUUGACAUUCAGUGGUGCAGAGGAAGACCGAAGUAAAUAUAUUUGUUUCGAAUGCAAUCAAUGCAAUGCCAACUUUCCUUCUAAAAACAAUUUUCAAUGUAGGGAUGAAAGUAAUGCGGGAUUUACUCAACUUUGCUCUGUGAUUGGUCCAGAAACUUGCGCAAUCCUCUCAACCAAUCAGAUACAAAGCUUCAAAGAAUCGUGCCUCGGUCAUUCGCGUUUUUCCGCGCUUCAGGCAGUUUGGACAGUUUGCUUGUUUUCAUUCUGAGUUCUCAUUGGCUAAUGAUAACAUGAACCUUUGUUCUGAUUGGUCGUUGGAAUAACUUGGGUUUUGGUUUUUCAACACUCAAUUCCUGCUCUAAAAUUAAUUAAAAAUUGAUUGAACUAAUGACUUAAUUAACAUUAACAUGUUUUUUUUUCUGCAGAGCUGGCUGUGGUAUGGUCGACAUCUGGGACCUAGAAGACGAAGAAAACAGGUCUCGACCGAGCUGCUGUAGCGUUUUAAUGGACAAUCCAGCGCCUUUUAAAAAGGCUUUCAGCAACGACAAAUAUUACGUAUUUCAGCUCCAUCACAGAUAACACUUUAGAGCAUUCUUUCCCUCAGGGAAAUUUUAUUUUUCAUCUAGAGGUACGCCGUCUAUGGCGGUCGCUUGUUUGAGUUUUAAAAUAAUUAACUAAUUUAUGAAACUGAAGGAGG